UGCUCUUCAGAACAAAGUUAGAGAUCAGAGCACACAGACCUGAGCUCCUUAAACUCUGACUGUUGGACACUACUGUUUCUCAAGCUAUGUCCACACAAAGCACAAUCGUAGCUUUUCUGAUUGGGACCAUAGCCAUCGUGUCCCUGAUGAAAUCUGACUGUCUGGUUUUGAAGGAAGAUGAAAAGGGAAUUAAACUGUGUGUCACAUCGAGGCGAGGAAUGAAAGACCUCUCACAUAAAAGUCUGACAGAAGUUCCCUCAAAUCUUCCCAAUGAGACGCAGUAUUUGGAUAUUUCUUAUAACUCCAUCCAAAGACUGACUGGAGCUCCUUUUUCCAGACUGUCACAGCUCUGUUUCUUAAAAGUAACUCACUGUGGCCUGCAGGAGAUUUCUCCCAGUGUGUUCAGUCACACACCAGCUCUCAAGGUUCUCAAUAUGUCUUACAAUGACUUACCUAUCAUCCCUGACAUCUCACUGAAACAUCUGAAAAUCCUUGAUUUGGCAAACAAUCUGUAUAAUAGCUAUCGAAUUCCAGCGUCAUUUCAAAACCUGACGAAUCUGCAUGUGCUGUCAUUAGGUAGUAGAGCUGCUCUGUCAGUCAACUACAAUGACUUUGAUCCACUGAUGAUGACUUCUCUGCAUCAUCUGGAUUUGGGAGCAGGAAUUAACUGGCAAAAGUAUGAUUCUGGUGCUCUUGCAAAAUUUAAGUCCCUCCAAAGGAUUUCCCUUUUUGCAUCUUUUUGCAGGGAUUUCGGUAUGUUUGAGAACGUCCUUGUGGACUUGAAUGUGACAGGGGCAACAUCGUUGAGAUUCAUCACUGUCUUUCCAGACAACUGCAAUGUCAGCGGCAACCCUUUUAAGAGCCUGACAACGAUGCCAUUUAUACAGAAUCUCACCAUAGAGAACAUGUGGAUUAACAGCUCAUUUAUGGAAGCAUUUCUAAAGAACGUGUGGCUCUCCUCCCUUUAUGACCUUUCAUUUGUCAACAUCACAUAUAAUGAAGAUACACUGGACGGGUUUCAGUUUCGCACCAUUAAUCACACAAUCAAUCUUUGCUCAAUUUCCUUCAACGGUGUGAAUCAUUAUCAAUACAAAUACCCCACAAUCAACAUGAGCUUCGAGGCCAUUUCAAAUCUGAACUAUUUAAAGUUCUCUGGUACCGGAAUGAACAUUUUACCCUGCAAUGCCAUAUCAGCUCUGCCGUCACUGGAGACACUAGAUCUGUCAGAUAACCUCUUAACGGAUUCUGGCUUCUGGUGGUUUCAGUGUUCGUACACCUCUGUCUUCCCUAAACUGAGGCAACUGUCUUUGAGCAAGAACCGCUUCAUCAGUCUUUCAUUUAUCUCUGAGAAGACGUAUCAGAUGAAGACAUUAGAGUCCCUGGACCUCAGCUUCAACUCCAUCUCCUUGGAUGGGAACUGCUCUUGGCCUGCUCAUCUGACUGACCUCAGCUUGGGAAAUAACAACCUGGGCAACAGUGUCUUUCAGUACCUGUCACCAAACUUUGAGAGGAUCGACUUGUCAAAGACGGGAAUAACAGCCAUAACACAAGAGGAUCUGUCUCAGUUCCCCAAGCUGACACACCUCAAACUCAGCUCCAACAGCAUCCAGGUUAUCCCUACAGAUCUCAUGGCCCCAGCUCUACUCAGUCUCCAGGUAGACCAGAACACUAUUUCAUCUAUAUCCAAGGAGGUCUUGGCAGGACUUCCCAGGCUUCAGACCCUCAAAGCUGGAAGCAAUCCAUUUGUCUGCUCAUGUGAGUCCCAUUGGUUCGUCACUAAUCUCAACAAGUCUUUGCUCCCGGACUGGCCCUUAGAUUAUACAUGCAGCACCCCGCCAUCGUUUGCAGGCCUGUCACUCUCAGAGUACAAAACCAGUGAGCUGUCAUGUGAGACGUGGCUUCAAGCUACAGUCGCUUUGCCUGUAGUAGUAGUUAUAUCUGCAGCCAUAGGUCUGGUUUUCUAUAAAUGUGACGGAGUGUGGUAUACAAAAAUGUUAUGGGUGUGGAUCAGGGUGAAGAGGAGAGGCAAAAAACACUCCAACAUGUUGAAUAAUGCAUCGUAUAGUUAUCAUGCAUUCAUCUCCUACAGUCAUCAGGAUGCUGGUUGGGUGGACAGCCAGCUGGUGCCCUCUAUGGAAGAUUCCGGGUUUUCUCUAUGUGUUCACGAGCGAGACUUUGUCCCUGGUGACUGGAUCAUAGACAACAUCAUCAAGUGUAUGGAGUCCAGCUACAAGACACUGUUUGUCCUCUCCAAACAUUUUGUCCAGAGUGAAUGGUGCAACUAUGAGCUCUUCUUUGCCCAGCACAGAGCCAUCAGUGACCAGCAAGACUCUUUAGUCUUCAUAUUACUAGAGCCCAUUCCAGCUGAGUCUCUGCCCAAGAGGUUCUUGAGACUUAGGAGUUUACUGAGGCAGCAGACGUACCUUGAGUGGCCGAAGGAUGAACGGAAGCAGCAGGUUUUCUGGACAAGUCUUAAAUCCAUGCUGCAUAUGGCAGAUAAAUCUAUGGUUCUAAAAGAUGUGGCUUUGGCCAUUUCAGAUACAGUACCUCUGUUUACAGACCAAGUAUGAGAGUUUCUCUAAAAGUUGAUCAAAAAACAAUACCAGUAUUUCUUUGCUAAGUUUUGGCACAGAUCUAAGAAUUUGGUACUAAAAAGACUUUGGAAGAUACUACCAUGAUUUGUUUAACUCAAAGCAUCGUCAUACCUUCAUAUGAACUCUUUGUGGUCAGUAUGAAAUAUUUACAACAACUUGUAAUGCUUUCAGUGUACAUACACACAUAUUAUUGUAUUGAGUAUUGUAUUAACAUUGACACUGCAGGUUCUGCAAAUACAGAUUGUGAGUUGUAAAUAGUGAUCAGUCACAAUGACAAUCCUUUAACAAAACGGUAAAACCAGUAACGACUUAACAUAUAACGACCUAAGUUUCACUACCAAUACCAAAAUAAAAUGUUUUCAAUGCCUCGCUUUACAUAUUUCAACAAAACCUUUUUUUACAAGAGAAGUUAAUUCGUUUAUAAGUAAUGUGUUUAAACCCAAGCACAAACCUUGUCUUUUUUUUGCAACUUUUUUAAUCAGAAUAAUAAGUAAAUAAGAUUAUAAAUCAGACCCUAUAUUUGAUGCCAACUUUUGAGUUUUAAAAACUACAUUAGAAACACAUUAACAUUCAAAAUUAAUCCCUGAUUUUUACUAUUCAAAAUAUAUUCAUGAUAGUUACAUUCUAUUGUGAUAACCCUGUCUCUUGUACUGGUGUUGUAAAUCAGUGGUGAUUAGCUUUGGUCGAAGCUGUUUCAUCAUCAGUUAAGUUGCUUUGGUUGACUGACAGCUGUUUCCUGAAAUCUACUGCAGAUUGUACUUCUCCUAAUACACACUGGAACAGACUGGAGCAUUGCAUGACGCAAAAAUUACAUAAAGUUUUUUAGUAUUCACAGCUGCAAUGUUCAAUUCAAUAAAUAACUCAACUGAUAAUUCAAGAUAUUUAUAAAGACACUUUAACUAGUCAGAUGUUUACUGAACAAGAUCUGCCUGGACAAACACCUGUUAUGAUAUUGACAACUUCUCUUUAGAUAUUUGAUAAAAGAAAAAUAUAUAUUCUAAGCAGUAACUCAAAUUCAAGAUACCUCCCCAUUAAUUCAUGAGUCAGUGUAAGAUUUCCCACCGUAGUGUGAUAUGUCAGUUUAAAGUUAAAAUGGUUUGGCAUUGAGCUUAAACAGAAAAAAACAGCUGUUUGCUGUAAACACAAUGAUAACACAAUACUUUUCUGAUGUUAUAAAUAUUAAAAUAUGAUUAGAGAUAUUUAGAUUUCAAAUAUAAUGCAGCAUGCCUUUUCCCAGUAGAGAGAUGUAUAAUUUGUGCUGUUUUAUGGUCUUUUGUAGAGCUUCUUUUUUUAAUGUAAGGAAAUGUCGCCAUCUACUGUUUGUAAUGACACUCACCACACACCAAUGUGAAGGAAUUAAUUAGACUGAGAUUUUUCUUUUCUAUUUUUCAUUAUGCAAUCGCUUAAAAUGAAAGUCCAUGAUAAAUGUAUCAUUUCAAUGUCUAUGUAAAUGUGGUUCCAUAUCACUGUAUGCCAGUGUACUGGGUCCCCAAAUUCUUAAUUUUAAUAUACCAUGUAGGCUUAUACUAUGGUACCGCUUUGUAUAUGGAACUCUUAUAACUAAUGUUUGCUUAAAUGUUAAUAAACCAUUUAUUCAUACUUUUUUAGAUCUAUCAUAAGUCCAUUUUAAGAACAACUGUUGUUUU